UCAAGUGUGAGCAUGAGAGGAAGGAUUAUAUUGAAGGAUUACAGAAAGAUCUGGAGUUCUUUAAAGAGUAUAAAUCAAGGAUAGAGGAGAGUGAGGAGUUGGGACCAGCCUAUCCUGUCAUCUCGUUUCUUGGAACCGGUAGCGCAGUUCCAAGCAAAUACAGGAAUGUGUCGAGUAUUCUUGUUGAGGUGAAACCUAAACAUUUUAUCCUUCUAGACUGUGGCGAGGGAUCCUUGAGUCAGCUACAUCGGUUACAUGGGAGAACAGAGACGGAUCGUAUUCUGAUGGAUCUUAAAGCAAUCUACAUUUCUCAUCAGCAUGCAGACCAUCAAAUAGGCACAAUUAAUUUAAUUCUGGCUAGAGAACAGGCUUUCAGGAAGGCCGGGAAAAGUGUCGAAAAUUUGUUUAUCAUUGUCACAGGAAAAUAUGCGGAAUAUCUUGUAACUUAUCACAGAAAAAUACAAUCAGUCCUUAGUCACGCACAAUUAGUUAAAUGCGAGGACCUCAUCUUUCAUACGCAGAAAGAUGAAUAUAUGAUGAGUAUUCCUGGAGAUAAAGUACAACUGAUAAAUCCCACUCUUCUUCAAUCCCUUCUAUCAGCCACAGGAUUAAAGGAACUAGAGACGUGCCGAGCUGUUCACUGUGCACACGCUUUUUGUUUAGCAUUUAGGUAA